UGUGACGGCCUUUUUUCCGGUGCCAAAACACAACGGACGCCAAUAAUAGCAGAGCAGCCCUGGUGCUGGUACUAGAAGCACUACUUCUUACUUGUUGCUGGAGUGUCAAGAAGCCAAAGAUCAUGCUUCUUACCUCCAGGUGCUUCACCCUCUCCUGGUGUACCAAGAAAUCGGUUUGUUUUUUCUGAAGAAUGGAUCCAGGGUAGCUCCUCUAGGUUGUAGGGGCUAACAGGUGUCUUUCCAGCCACCACUUACCCUGUCGGCGUAAGUCAUGCCAUCUCUAAGUUCAUCCUCUUCAUCACAAGCAGGCGGCAAAAAACCUUCAAAGAUGGACAAAACCGUUCCAAAAAUCGACGACAGUGACAGCGAUAGCGACACCCCGGGCUUCGGUGCUGCCGCACCGGUGCCGAAGCGAGCCAGCAAUGCGUUUCGGCCACCGCCACCGCCUGGUACAUUUUGCAUGUUAUGAUGCAUUUGCGACUUUACUAUUGAUUCAGAUUCAUGAUGACUAGCAGUCGCAAGAUUCUAUGUCCACUAAAAGCGAGAGCUUGCAGCGAUGGAAAAAACUCAUCACAGACCCCGCACCCUCAGACGCAGAUGCGAAAAAGUCGACACCGUCCGUCCCGAAGUUUCCUGGCUCGGCGGCUUCAACCGCCAAGAGCAAAACGGCGGCGAGCAAUGGGACAACUGACGCGACGAGCUCCUCAUCCUCGACUUCCGGGGCGACGACCACCGCCCAAAAUGACUCUUCGACAACCGGAACUGGUGCAGCCGCCUCGGCUAAAUCCUCCCUCUCCUUUACCGCCCCACCGAGAGGCGGUUUAUCCAGCAUCAAAGAGGAAACCGUUUCGGAACGAGUUUCCGCCGGCGGGCAAGCAGGCGGCGCUGCGGGCCAAUCUACGAGUAAAGCUGCUGGUGGUUCUGGAUCUACCACGUCGAACAGCAAACCGUUGAAAGUAUCCUCCUUUCUCCCCUCUUUCCUCCGGAAUAAGAACAAGAUGCCGGCGCAGAUGAAAUACGAAAUUUCGGACGAACUAAGAGAGGAGUUCGAACGAGCCCGAAGGGAGCAGCAAAGACUCGUGCAACAAGCCAUUCACGAGAAAAAACAACGGGAACGGGUUUCCGACCGGGAAGCGGUCCAGCAACUACACAGAGCGCAAGCCGCGAUGGGGAUGCAGAAGGAAAGUUCUGCCGGUUUGCAGGGCUCCCCAACCGGCUCCCAAGUUUCGCAGCAGGAGAUCUCCGACCCGAGAUUUGCGUCGUUUUUCACGGAUGAAAGGGUGGAGGAAUUGGUGCAGUACGCGAUCUAUCUCGGCGUGGAUUUGGAGCAGCAACCGCAAUUGGUGCACGUGAUCCGAGAUCUCUACUACGCGCCGUUACCAAGUGGGUGGACAGCACACAAGACCAGUGAGGAGUGUGAUUUUGGCUCGGGAUUCACGUAUUACUCGAACCAGGAACUGGGGUCCAGAUGGCAACACCCGAGGGAGGAGGAACACAUUGCGAUUCUGGCGGAGAAAGUGCAGAAAGUCAUACCGGGCAGCAGGAUCUGGUUCGCGAAGAAAGUGAAUGAGGAGAGGGAUAAGCAACGGAAACGGUUUGCAUGGUACAAUAAACUACUGGGGAAGAUCUAGAUCUUCUUCUCCUGCUGCAGUUCAAAAUGUUGAGCUACGAAGUACAACCACGCAUGAUGAGCAAAUUUUGCGUACUUAUGUUGUACAUACAACAAACCACUUUCUGUUUCUCUAUCAUCAGGUACACAAAGGAGCUCUCCGACAAGCGCCCCCUUGUCCGCGCAGGCGAAAAGCCGCAUUUCGACCCGCAAACCCAGAUGCUCGACUGCGUCAUCCGGGACCAAUUCCCUCUCCUCCACGCAGCAGUCUUAGUUCUUUUCGCCAAGUACUUCCAAGUCAAAGACUACCCGGAUUCCAUAUGGCGUUCUCAAGCGUUACAUUCUGAACUGUUACAUGAAUUUGUCAUGCAAAACUACUUUGAGCCGGGCGGUGGAUGAUCAAGCCGCUUCGUAUGACAAAUCUCCGAAAGGCUACGCAGCAUCUUCUAAGUAAAUCCGUGCCAAAUCUGUGAUGCGAAAGCAGCAAGCUUGCGCCUUUGAUUGUUGCGGCUCUUGCAUCAAACGUUUGAGAACGCCAUAUUCCAUGGUCUGGGGCAUGCCGUUUUUGAAGAUCGCAGCGCUCUGCCCCAUCCCCGGCCAGUGGACCUUCCGGUUCGACGACGUGCAGCAAGACGCUGUUUAUGUGGAGACAAGAGGGGCGGGAAAUAAUACCUCGGAACAUCAAACGAGGUUCUCCCGACGACAUCCUUUGGACGCGUUUUUCUUCGAACUAUUGAAGCGGUUGAGGAGACGGCAUGUUAGAUGGGUGCAGGAAAUGGACCCGUUCGUCCGGGAUGGAGUGGUAGCCGGGUUCGUGAACACCUUCUUGAUCGACGAUUCUGGUUACGCAAAGGCGACGAAAAUCCCGCUGGAGCCUUUACCCUCUUUCCCGCACACAGGGGACAGACUAGUACCAUUGGACGAGGAUAGCGCCGUGUAUCAGAUGGUGACUGCGCAGGCGGAGAUGAACCCUCUGUACAAACCGCAACUGAACUUACCGAGCGUGGGUGGCGGGUUGACGGAGUACGAGCAGGCGUUUCAACAGCAGCAGCAGUUAUUGUUGCAGCAGCAGCAACAGGUGAUUUACAUUUAUUUGUUGCGAUGAAUGGAUGCGAUCUGUAUUGCAAAAAACCCACUAUAGCUGAGCGAUUGCGAGAUGAAAAAGAAAAACAAAAAACAAAAAUCUGUAUUGCAAAAACCCCACUACAACAGCUGAUGAUGGCGCUUAACCCGAUGAUGGCGGCCGCCAACCCGAUGGGCCUCAACCCCCUGGCCAUGCAAAUGGCCGCGGCGAAUCAGCUCUACGGUGGCGCUGGCCCGGGUCACACGGGCAUGCCAAUGGUCGCGCCCGGAGCCAGCGGCCCGGUUGGGAGUCCGCAGUUUGGUGCGCACCAGCCCGCUUUCCCAGGUCCGGGUGGGUUGAUGGCGGCAGCCGGGGCUGCAGGGUACAACCAUCCGGCAACCGCCGGCGCCGAAGCGAUGUACAAUCAGUACGCGACCCAGCAAACCAACCCUCAUGCGCAGUACGACCACGGCGCGGCUCUCGCUGCUUACGCGGCGGCCGAAGCGCGGAAUCACGACACCACUCCGUACGAACAGUCGAAACAAUCGCAGCUGAAACGGAAACAAUACAGAAGCACAUCGAAAGCCAGCCCGGAUAUUGGGCCGAAUGGAAGUACGAAAACUGGGAAUCAAAACGGGAAGACAGGGAGGAAGAGUUCGAAAGGCGACAGAAAUAAGAGACGACCGGCGAGACAGGACAUCAGUUCCAGUUCACCGUCGGAAAAUAACGCGGACUCCGGUUCAGACACCGCGUCUGAGGACGACAACAACGACACAGCUAGAGGUGACGUCCAGGGCGCUUUCAAGAAGAAAACUGGCAGCAAGAGAUCCGACCGGGAUCGGGCGUUGGUCGGCGGAUCUGGUUCGGCUGCGAAUGUGGUGGAAAACUUAGUUUCUGGCGUCGGGAGCGCCGUGAUGGGCAUGUUUGGUGGGGGAGAAGAGGAGAACAGCAAUAACAACGGCAAUACGAAAGUGCUUGGGGAGAAAGACAAUAACAACAACGUAGUGAAUAUGGCGUCUUUCCGGAACAAAGCGGCUUCAGGAAUCAAAUCUUCCGGAACUGCGACGCCGCCAGAAGUUGUCAACAACCAAAUCAUUCCGCCCCCGCCUCCACCGCCGCCCCAGGAAAGCAACGACGGCCAACAACGAGGCAGAUCCGGGAUACCGCUGGCAAUUCCAAAGGUUCCGAGACCACCGCCGCAGCGGGUUUCGGCUCGGGAGUCGUCUCUGCCGCCGGUGAGGUCAAACUUGCCACGACCGCCGUCGAGAACAUCCAGUGUGGGGCCACCGCCGGCCGGAAGGGAUCCGGAGCUGAAUAAAGUUUUGCAGGUACAUACAACUGGCUACGACAUGGAAUCUUGCUGCCCAUGACAAACGCGAGAGAAAACUCUUUGUCAUGCAGAAGUGCAAUUCUUCUCGUGAUCUGUAAUGUGAAAGUCACAACUCACAUCAGGUAAUCCGCGACAUUGAGGACUCAGGUCAAUCGCCCGAAGAAGUUCUCCCCCUCCUCAACGCCCUCCGCGAUGUCAACAUGACGGUGGACAUUCUGAGGAAAACGAAAAUCGGGGUUUUCACCCAGAAAUACAAAUCGCACAAAGACGAGCGGGUUCAAUCCACGGUCCGUGACCUCCGGCAGCAGUGGAAGGAUUUGAUUCAGGUCAUGGCGAAAAACAAGGAGGGCAGUCACCAGAACGCGCAGGCCAGCCCGUUGGCGGAAACGGGAGAUUUGUUGAACUUACGGAGUUCCACUGGAUCGUUGAAUUUAGACGAUCUACGUGGCUCGAACGAUCGGAAUUUGAAGGAAAAAUUGGAAUCCGCUAGGGUGAAGGCGAAAACGGGGAGUUGCUCGUCGAACGCGGGUGCUAGUUCUACUUCCGUCGCUUUCAAACUGCAACCGCGGAACAAGGAGAGGAGAAGAAGGGAAGUGGUGUCGGGCUCAGACAGAUCACAGUCCGUUUCGAGUAAGGAGAGACACUUUCAUCACGCCGCCUCUCGGGGUAAGGACCAAGAGGCGGAGGGACAGGCUGGUUCUGGUAAUACGAAGAACCGUACUUCCUCUUCCCAUCACCGACGAAUUCGCGAAGCCUUCCGCGAUUCAUCCGCGCUAGCGUCGGCGAGAGGACAAAACGGAAAGAAUUCGGCGCGAAACAGUAGUCCUUUGUCAUCUUCGGGAAAUGAGAUCGAUUCUUUGGGCCAGUCCAGGAGUUCUGGGACCACUUCGAAACUGUCCGUGUCGCCAGCCAGUCAAGACGGACUUUAUUCCGAUGAGCCGAUAAGGCACAAUAAUUUUUCCAGGAAGAAAUUCACGCCGACAGAACUGGUCCCUUCUCUGGGUUUAGAUUUGGUAGAGAUGGGCAGUGGACGAGAAGAGGUGCAAGAAUUGGAAGAUUUGGUCGACGCACCACAGCCCUCGAGAGGGAGCUUCCGUGUGGAGGGGCAGCAUAAAGCGGAGCUGCCAGUGCUUUGUGAUCACAAUAACCUUCCUGUUGGACGAUGGCUUCAGGAAGUAGUGGAAGGAGGCCGCAGAAGCAGUUUGCACUCUCGUUCGGGUGGCGGCGGAUCCUCAUCCUCAUCGAGUCCUUUUUCGUCUCCUGAAUUGUCAGCAGCUCCCGCGGGAACGACACCACGGCUCUCGACAUCAUCAUCAUCAUCAUCUUCUGGCCCAUCUCUUUCGCGAUCUCCACGACGCAGGCACUCUUCGUUGGGUCUCUCGCUAUCACCUACGUCCUCGACUAGAAGUUCGAACUCCAGCAUGUCGACACUCAACACAUUCAACGACGACCAAAUAGGAGAUUCUGUACGAGGCUGCAGCUACGACUCGCCGGAGAUGAUCAUGGAGUCAAAUCUCAAUGUCAACUUCGAAGGCGUUCACAGCAUGGAAAACACUUCUACCGAUCCGCACAACUCCUCCACCAUCUCCUCCGGGCGCACCAUCCCCAAAGCCUCCACCCCUUCUGCAGACAAAAAAGCGCAAGCGCAGGCGGUGCAGUGGUUGUGCCGGCUGUUUCUGGAGCAGCGGGAAUCGCUGUACGAGAUCUUACUUUCCCGGGUGCCGGAAAUUGCGGAAGAGACAAGAGAUGAGCUGGACAUUGUGCAGUUCCGGAAAGCGGUGACAAACUGUUUCCAAACGAACAAGGACGACGACAUUAAGGAAAUCACGCUGGAAUUGAUCAAUUUGGUCUUCGAGCGGCCGAAAUGGCACAAAGUCGUCGCCUCCGACCACUACAACGAAAUCAUGGCGCUUUGGACAGAAGAGUCAACAGAAUGGACGAUGAAGUUACUACCGAAAAUCUUGGCGAAGUUGGGAAACGCGUUGACAAGCUGCCAGAAAAACUCCCCAUCGGUGAUCACGGAAUUAGGCGCCGCUUUUGCAACCGAUAACUCCCCGAAGCAAAGAGCCAUGUUGGAGAGACGGAAGGAAAGGAGUAGAAGCGCUUCUGUGAGUAAGAGCCGCAGUCCUUCCAUCGGGGAGAAGAAAGAUGGUAGUGGUACUUCUGCUGCUGCUGUUCCAGCGCUUGCUCUCGGUAGUUCUGCCGCAGCAGGUUUAUCGAGUGGUGACAAAAACGUCGCUAAAAACCUACCCGCCCCGAAACAAACGCCGAAAUUUGCCGGUGGAUCUGGCGGACGAGAUGAAAAUUCUGGCAGUAAAGGAGCUGCUCUUCCCUCCUUCUCUUCCUCCACGCCAGCAACCUCUUCUGCCGAAGAACCGCCGCCGAUUGGGGCGAGUUCGAAGGACAGUAGUACGAAAUCGAAACCGCCGAAGAGAUCCUUUCAGGUGAAAAAACCGGAGGAUGUGCUGCAAACUACAGCAAAUGUUGAUCAGGGGUCGUCGCAACUGGAGCAGCUGAAAAAGAUCGCGAAGGAAUCGGAUCGAGCGCUGAUAAAGGGAUCGAGUAAGGAAGAGAAGAAGUCAACUUCUUCGGCCUCGAAGAAUCAAACGGAAGAUUUUUUGAAAAGUACAGCAGAUAACGAAAACGAAGACGACUCUGGUUUGCCGAACUUCGGAUCCAGAUUGGUUUCCGGGAUCGGGGCGAUGUUCGGCGGUGUAAUUGGAUCGAACACGAAUUCUGCGGAGGAAGAUGAGGAGACCACGGGCGCAGCUGCUGGUAAAGAAAAGGACAGGAUGAGCAGAGGAAAAGGCCAUCCUGCGGCAAAGCAGCAUGCAGGUCAACAUCCCUACGGAGGUGGCCAGCACCACAAUCCCUACGCAGCGCAGCAGCAGCCACAUGGGGGCACUAUGCAGUACCCAGGCGUUGCGCCCCAACAUCAGAUGCCUGGUGCAGCAGGAGCUGCUGCCUACGGUGGUGCUUACCCAGCUCCCAUGCCUGGAGCUGCACAUCCUGGCGCAGGAGCAACUGCAGCGGCGUUUCCAGGUUUGGCUCCUUCCGUGCCGCAACAAGAACCCUGGAAAAUCCCGUCUAAUAUCCCGAAAAGGCUCCUCGAAGAAUACGCCGCUGUUCCUUUGGAAAAUCUCGGCGACUUACUCCGCCUUUACCCCGCUGGAGCGUCGAUUGUCACAGAGGGCGUUUGCAAUCAGAUGUCCGACGGGGAGCUGCUGUUGCUCAACGGUGUCCUGGAGCAGUUAGUUGUCGGGGCAAAGCAAAUGAUGAAGAUAAUGGUCAAGGAACGAGAGCAGCUGCGGACGCAGGUGAUGCAGAGGAGAACCUGGGCGGAGACUAGUUACAACAAGAUCGCGAAGUAGUGAUAAAAGUUGCGGUCGUCUAAAUGAAGAUCAAGGUUUAGCCGACGCCGCGCAAAUUUUUUCAAAAUCAAAAAUCGAAGAACGCAGUAGUUUUUUUUUUCCAAAGACGAAGAACUGCAAACAAAAAUAGGAUUCAUUUUCAACAAAACCUUUAUUUUGGUAGUAAGUAUGCUUUUCCUUCCGGCUUGCGUUACAAAACCUUUUGGUAGUAAGUAUGCUUUUCCUUCCGGCUUGCGUUACACAGACUUGUUACACGACUAGACUGUAUCUGUACUCAAUUUAUAUGCUAGAGACAAUAUAUUAUGCUGGGUUGGUUGGAGGUGGAGGUCAUGUUCAUGAGCACCGCAAAAACCAACUUGAAGCGUAUGUAUGGUACGAAUUCUUUCAUUCUCAAAAAAACGUUUUUUGAAUCACAAUCUUAAUCAGUAGCUAGUAGUAGUACGAGCCACCGAGUAAAUGUACAGGAAAAGUUCUGAUAAGCUUGCGCUUGCCUCAUUGAAACAGCACACAGUGACUACUUUACUGAAGAGUGCUGCUGUUGUAUAAUAGCUGUCCUACACAUAAACUACCAAAAUCAGGAAUCUAACUGUCGAUCGACGACAG